AUGGACUUUCAGAAUCGUGUUGGUUCCAAGCCUGGGUCUGGUGGUGUAGCCUCCGAUUCACAGACUAAUGUAGACCGUCGUGAACGUCUGCGCAAACUUGCGCUAGAGACAGUUGAUCUAGCAAAGGAUCCAUACUUUAUGAAGAAUCAUUUGGGCUCGUAUGAAUGUAAAUUGUGUCUCACUUUGCACAAUAAUGAAGGUAAUUACUUAGCACACACGCAAGGCAAACGUCAUCAGACAAAUUUAGCUCGACGAGCAGCAAAAGAGGCUGCGGAUGCCGCAAAUUCAACAGCUACUGCUAAUCUCCAAGCAGCUCGAGCUGCAGCAGCUGCAGCAGCCUCUCGACCAAGAGCGCUCAAGAUUGGGCUACCUGGAUACAAAGUGACUAAACAGCGAGAUCCUGAUACAGGUGCACGGAUUCUUUUGUUUCAAAUUGCGUAUCCAGAGAUAGCUGAAAAGUUGCAGCCUCGUCAUCGAUUUAUGUCAGCUUUUGAACAAAAAGUAGAAACACCGGAUAAACGCUGGCAAUAUCUUCUCUUUGCUUGUGACCCGUACGAGACCGUGGCAUUUAAGAUUCCAAAUGAUGUUGUGGACAAAAGUGCGGACAAAUUCUUUAGCAAUUGGGACAAGGAUGGAAAAACAUUUACAUUGCAACUGACUUUUGCAGCCGGGGAUGUAAUCGACAAGAACAAGCCAGCUCCACCCCCCACCACGUCCACAAUUGCGAUAUUUCUAGGUGAAGAAGCUUAA